AAGUGCUUCGUUUGUUGUGAUCAAUGUUAAGCGAAUUGCAUCCUUUUUUAAUAUUCGAUAUUUUCUCAGUGGGAAAGAGACAAUGUUACAUAAUAAAUAAAUGUAAUGACCGACUUAAUAGCUCAUAAGUACCUUAUGAUGCACAAUAAUAAUGGAUCAUACGGCAGCGCGAGUGAUCUAUUGGACAGCCAUGUGCUGGGGCGCGACAAGCUGGUGGAGCCCGCCAUGGAGAGGUCCACGAGGUCCAGUCUGGACGCCAACAGUGUUGACAUCGGUGAAAUAACUGAAUCUCCAGAUACGGAGUAUAUGAGUACGUCUGCUAUUCUACACUAUUGUAAAUCUAAGAUAUUGCUUCCUUAUCUUAAACUUUUAACAAUAAUGGGAUUGCGUCCAGUCGUCGAUUCUUCAAAUUCCUCAAGAUUCUCUAUAUGUUUGUCACACUUACAUUCUGCGCAAGUUGCAGUAUUUAUGUGUUUAGGAUACAUACUUCAGUACAUGGCAUGUUUCAGACGAGACCGAGGUUUCUGCUACAAGCUGGUGCCGCUGGCGCUGGAGUCGUCCCUCGAGUACGAGACGUACAAGCAAGUGUGCUACGGGAACGUGACGCUGACGUACAUCGGCCCCAGCAUACUGCACUUCCUGGGCUUCCUCUACGCUCUCUAUUUGUUUAGAAUAUCCGAUAAUGAGCAGCUCCAGAAUCUUAUGGAAAGGGUAUUUUUACUAUCGUCGUACACCCAGCAGGGCAUGGCCUCGGCCAACCCGAAGCGGCUCUUGCGCCUGCUGUGGACGUUCAUCAUUCUGAGCGUGUUGUGGAUGUGCCUGUCGCUCUGCUCGGUCAACCUCAUGAUGGCCGAGGGCACCAUCAUGUUCCGGUGGAUGGAACAAAGUUCAAAACAAACCCUGUUAAUCCUGAAGAUCCUGCUGGUCGCCUGCACGCUGGUGCACGACAUGGUGCAGGCGACCAUCAUCACGAGCUACUGCCUGCAGGCGCAGCUGCUGCAGGCGCACCUCAUGUACCUCAAGGAGCGCCUGCUCAACAGAUCCACCACGCCACUCAAUUGGAUGCGAGAGAUCGCCGAGUUCCAGAAGCUCCUCAAGUAUUUGAACGACGACCUGGCGCCGGCGGUGUGCCUGUUCACGAUCGUGAACAUCUCGUGGGUGGCGUCCGGCGCCAUGUGGAUGUAUAGCCUGGACAAGGUCGACACGCAGACGGAGCCCAUCGUCGGGAUCAGUUUGCUGAACUUGCUGCUGUGGAUCUCGGCGGCUAUCGUGCCAUUUAUACAGGCAGCGCGCCUCUCAAAAGAGUGCCGGCGUACAGAGAGCGUGGGCCACGAGCUCUGCGUCCGCCCGUUCCUGCACCAAGACACGCCGCACGAGGACGUGGCCGCCGUGCUCAUGUACUCCACGACGCUGAGACUACGCGCCAAGCUGUUCCACCAUCCAGUCGCCGGCCGGUAUCUCUGGCUAGUGCUUACUGUAACACUCGUUGGGCUGUUCUCGCUGGGCAUGUGCCAUUAUAUAUAACGACUUAACGACACGGCCAUCCUGAUAUAGGUCACGUCCCACUGGUAUCCAGAAUUAAAGACUUUAUCCUGCACCCAGACACGCCGCACGAGGACGUCGCCGCCGUGCUCAUGUACUCCACGACGCUGAGACUGCGCGCCAAGCUGUUCCACCAUCCAGUCGCCGGCCGGUAUCUCUGGCUAGUGCUUACUAUAACACUCGUUGGGCUGUUCUCGCUGGGCAUGUGCCAUUAUAUAUAACGACUUAACGACACGGCCAUCCUGAUAUAGGUCAGGUCCCACUAGUAUCCAGAAUAACCCCCUUAUUCAUAAACGUUUACUAAAGUUAACAAGCCGAUAAUAAUCGUUUGUCCCUUUCCACCAUACCAAUACGUCGGAAAGGGACAAACGAUUAUUAUCGGCUUGUCAACUUUAGUAAACGUUUAUGAAUAAGGGGGUUAGACUUUGUGCAAGCGCGUAACAAGAUUAUAGCGUACCGCGUUGCGGUAGCUCCUAAUGCUCAUAAAGACAGAUGGAAUACCAGUUUACCGAAAUACUUUUCGUUACUUAUUUCACCUGUUAAAAAUCUUUCUAUAAACAAAAUGGCAAUACUCUACACUGGCUUGAGUUCGGACUUUUUUUAUAAAGUUAGAAAUGUAGUAAAAUUUUCUAUUAUUAAUAAUUUAAAAUAAUGAAUGUUUUUUUUAAUUACCAUAAUGUUUUGGUUUACAUUUAAUGUAACUAAUGUUUUGUUACAUGUCAAUGAAAUAAUAAAAUGCAGUUGAUUAAUUACA